GCGCUAUCGCACAAUAACAACACCAGUGCGUAUUAUCGCCUCAUGGGAGAUAGAACUGCGACAUUACCAGCAAAACGAAAAAGAUCCACAAUUUCUUGUUUAGAAUUGCAUCUUCUAUUGGAAAACUGUUUCAAUCGUCCAGAUUCCUUCUUAGGUUGCUUCAUUCCCAUCUCAUUUGCAGCUGCACCAUGUCCACCGGGCAACAAACGGGGCGUCCGAAGGUUCUAGUAACCAACAAGGAAACCCCGGAGAAAGGUAUAACAAUUCUCCGCCACAAGUGUGACGUGAUUUUUCCAGAGAAUGUACCAGCAACCAGGGCUGAUAUCCUGAAGCUCAUUCCCGGUGUAGACGGUAUCAUGUGGGUUGGCCACUACGCGCUGAAUGGAGAGGUUCUGGACAUCGGAGCUCCUACGUUGAAGGCUAUAUCCACCAUGUCCGCCGGGAUGGACUACGUGGACCUUGAGGAAUUCAAGCGUCGUAACUUCCCACUGGGAUACACUCCGACGGUGCUGAAUGAUGCCGUAGCCGAUGAAGCGAUCGGACUGAUGAUCGCAGCCGGCCGGCGUUUCCAUGAAGGUCGUUUGAAAAUCGAUAACUCUCAAUGGCAGGGUGGACCACAGUGGAUGCUCGGGCGUGACAUCAAAGGAAGCACGAUUGGAAUCAUUGGUUUGGGGGAAAUUGGGCUCACCAUUGCCAAACGUUUAAAGGGCUUCGAAGUGGGCGAUAUUAUUUACAGUGGAAGAAAGCAUAAGCCCGAAGCAGAAUCAGUUGGCGCGAAAUUCGUUUCGCAGUCCGAGCUGCUCAAGGAGAGUGAUUACGUCUUUGUUUGCGUACCGCUGAACAACAGUACUCGCAAUUUGAUUAAUGCAACCACCUUGAAGCUGAUGAAACCAACAGCGGUGCUGGUUAACAUUGCUCGCGGGGAGAUUAUCGAUCAAGACGCUUUGGUUGAUGCCCUGAAGAAUGGAACGAUUUUUGCAGCAGGCUUGGAUGUGAUGACCCCGGAACCACUGCCCGCCGAUAGUGAACUGUUGAAGCUUCCCAAUGCCGUUGUUGUGCCCCAUCUGGGCUCGGCCACGCAGCGUACCCGUGAGGAUAUGUCGGUUAUUGCAGCACACAACGUACUCGCCGGUAUUGCUGGAACUCCGAUGUUGGCGCCUUAUCCUUACUGAUGUACCUCAAUGUAGCUGGUGGAUGGAUUUUGAACCGCGACCUAAUGCCUUUACAUGUGUAUUUUUAAACGUUUCGCUAUUUAUAUAUUGAAAACUAAAUUAUUGAUUAUAUAUUUUAGAAGUAAAA